AAGAAAGAAAGAAAAGAAGAGAAAGGAAAACCAUCAGGCGAACCCUGUCUCUCUCUCUCUCUCUCUCUCCCUCUUCUGUGUGUGUGGAAAAUGGCGUUAUCUCUUACCGCUUCUCUGCACACUCCCCUCCAAAAAAAGCCCUCUUCUUUCUCAGAUGUCUUCUUGAAAAGGGAGGCGAAAGAGGGGAAGCAGUUCGGUAGAUGGAGCUGCAGGAAGAAGGAAAUACACCCAAAGUUCUACGAAGGAGCCAAGGUAUACUGCAACGGGGAGCACGUCAUGACGACGGGUGGGACCCAGCCGGAGUACGUGGUCGAUGUGUGGUCGGGCAACCACCCUUUCUAUCUGGGGAACAGGUCUGCUCUGCUCGUCGAUGCUGAUCAGGUCGAGAAGUUCCGUAAAAAGUUCGGAGAACUCUCUAAUCUCAUGGAGAUUCCUGUCCUCAAGUAUGGUGAGAUCGUCAUCCCCAAGAAGAAGUCCGCUUCUGGAAAGGGCAAGGGCAAAAAAUAACAGUCCAAUUGGGUUUUUAGAUGCUGUCUUUGGAUUCUCAAUCCCAUCUCUUCUUCUUCUUCUUCUUCUUUUUUAAUUAUGUGAAAUUGGGUGAAUUUAUGGCUUUUGAGGUAUGUUUGGAUUUGCAAUUCCAUCUCUUCUAUUUCUAUUA